AUGCGCGCCGCCCGCCCUUCCUCGCGCCAUGGACUCCCCUUAUUCGCCCUCCUCCACGCCUGGCUUGCGCUGGGCAGCGACCUCGGUCAGGUCCCGCUCUGCUACUACCCGGACGGCACCGUCGCGACCAACGACUAUGCCUGUCGCCUCGACACAGCCGAGUCCUUCUGUUGCACCACUAAUGUCAGCUGCCUCGACAACAAGAUCUGCGACGUCCUCAACCCCACCCAGUACCGCUUCAACCGCGGCACCUGCACCGACAAGACCUGGACCUCUGCCGCCUGUCCGCAGUUCUGCCAAGCGAAAGUUCCCGACUACGGCUGUGGCAUAAUCCGCUGCCCGGACGCUGCCGGGAAGGUGUGCUGCGAUACCGACCACAAGGAUGCGACGGCUACCUGCUGUCAGGACCCCUCCAACUUGUUCGAUCUUGGCGGUGCCUGGGAUUCCUUCAGAAUCAUCGACACGAGCGCCGCCAGCUCGACAAAAAGCCUUUCCUCCUCAACCUCGACCUCUGCCAUCGCGACCGGCUUCGAGACACCGGCGCCAGCCAACGGCGACGGCGGUGAAGGAGGAGCAGCCUUAUCGGCCGGUGCGAUUGCAGGGAUUGCAGUUGGCGGCGUUGCUGGACUGGGCGGUCUGGGGGCGUUGGCGCUGUGGUGGAUGAGGAGUAAGAAGAAGGGUAGGAAACCGGAGGAUCAUCCGGCGGCGGCAGAGCUCGAUGGCAUGGGGAUGCGCCACGAGAUGAAAGCGGGAAAUGCGAGGCAUGAACUGGGUGGGAGAGAAGCGCCCCAGGAGCUGUGCUCUGGUGAUGAGAGACACGAGAUGGAAGGGUCCUCGCCGCUGGAUCGGAAUUUAGUGGAUCCCCAGGAGCAGGGAAAGGCUUCGUGGUGA